AUGGCUAUAAUGAUCACGGCACGGCAGCGGAGGUUGCUCGUCCUACUCUCCACCGCAUUCUUCGUCUUCAGCGUCUUUUACUGCUGCUCGCGCCUCGUCGCACUCACCAUGCCCCACGACGACCAGACCGACUAUGACCAGCCCAAGGUCGAGAUAUCGAGAGCUGAUAACCCUAUGUCUUACGGCAUGUACAACCGACCCGCCUACGACGGCAUCGACCUUGUUAGGAACCUCCCGAGCGAAUACAUUCCAACAAAGGCCAACGGCCGCCGAUUGGUUGUUAUCGGUGAUAUACAUGGCAUGCUCGACCCCUUCGAGAAGCUGCUCAAGAAGAUCACAUUUGAUCCCAAGCGCGAUCACAUCGUCGCUGUGGGCGACAUGGUCAACAAGGGCCCCAAGACCCCCGAGUUGAUCAACCGACUCAUGGAGCUCAAGGCCAGCGCCGUCCGCGGAAACCACGAAGAUCGUGUGAUCCUUGCCUGGUCAGCCCUCAACGCUCAGCAGGGUGUCCAGGCAUAUCUUGACUCGGAAGCGGAAACAAAGAGACGCGGCGAGGAGGAAGAUCUCAAGACGGCACGAAGCCUGAACGAAGCGCAAAUGAAUUGGCUCAAGAACCUCCCCGUCAUCCUGUCCGCGGAGCCCAUGUCCCUCUUCAUCGUUCACGCCGGCCUGGUCCCCGGUGUCCCCGUCCAUCAGCAGGAUCCCUGGGCCGUCAUGAACAUGCGCACUCUGCGCUUCCCCCGCGCCGAGUUCCGCAUUAAAGAGAUUGAAAAGAAGCGCAAGCAGGAAGAGAGGAAGAAGAAACAGGAGCUCGAGAAGCAGCAGGAAGAGGAACUGAAGAAGCUCGCGGAAAAAUUGCCCAAGCGAGACGAACCCUCCUCUGACGAAGAGGGCCAAGAGGCUUCCGUCCUCGUCCCCCGUGCGCAGCCCGAUGCCGCAGCAUCGGCCGGCGAUCCCGCACUCGAGCUUCUUAGCACCGACCGCGAUGUAUGGAUCCCUGUCAAUGACCGUGGGGGCGAGCAGUGGUCCAACCUGUGGAACAGCGAGCAGAAGAAGCUCCCUGCCAUUGAGCGUCGUACUAUCAUAUACGGCCAUGACGCCAAGAUGGGUUAUAAAGAAGACACAUACACCUUCGGCCUCGACUCGGGUUGCGCCAAGGGCAACGCUCUUACUGCCCUCGUUAUCCAGGGCACUGAGGAUGGCGGCUGGAAGCCUCUGACCUUUCAAGUUGAGUGCAAGAAGGGCUGGUUCUAG